UUAUCUUAUAUCUUAUCAUUUUUUUUUAUUUCCGUCAUUUCUAUCUGUGUCUAUUUUUUAACUCCGAAUUAUUAUCAGUUAUAUCUUCCUUUUACGAUUUUCUUUGAUUAUACUUUACGUGUACAAAAGAAAAAAAUCGUCGAUAUAACGUGCGAAAGGAUCGUGCUUUCCCGCCAACGAGCAAACGGUUCCCUCGUUUCAACAAGGAAUAGGAUAGAACAUUGAACGUUGAAAGGAGAUAGAGAAUAGAGAGAGAAAGAGAAAGAGAAAAAAGAAAGAGAAAGAAAGACAGAGAUUCAUGGUCGUCUAAGUGAGGAUCGCGAAGUUACAAGGACUAAAAGUUUUCACAUUUAAAAGGAUUUGUUUAAAAUUGUUUUGUAUUCGAAGAGGGAUAAGAGAAAAUGGAACGCAAAGUCGUCAUUGUCAUCGUUACGCUCAUCACCACGAUCAUGUGGUACUCUACGGAAAGUGACAGCGCUGUGGUUAGAUCCUCCCAAGAAUUCUCUGAAGCAAUAGAAGAAAUGCUACGGAGUACGGUAAUUGACAAUGUUAGAGAUUUACGCUCGACUGAUCUUGAAGAACGAAACGGGACACGACAUAUUUGUCAAGGCAAUCCUUGCGGAUGGGCGAUCUAUACUAAGUUCACACGACGCUUCGAAUAUUUCAUGAGAAACACAUGCGAGUGCCCAGAUUAUUCGUACAAGUGCGUACAUACGGAGGACGAUUUAUCCGUAAGUGCAUACGUAUAUCGGUGUCGUCAAAACACGACGUCGAACGAUACUGAAGCACCCCCAGAAGACACGAAUUAGAAGACAGAGACUUAUCCAUUUCUUUUUUUCCUUUUAUUUUUUUUCUUUUUUUUUUUAAUCAAAGGCACCAAUAUCACAAAACAUAUUCAAUAAGUUUAAUGAUUAAUAUUUCACUGUAAAAAAAAAGCCAUAUCCAUCAAGCUUUUUUUGCAUCGAUUUAUUUUUAUGGGACGGUCCAGACGAUUUAAACGAUAAAA